GAGCCCACUGCCCCGCACUCCCUUUUACGGGGGGCGCGGCCGCCGGUGCCACCGGUGCCCGGGGGGUGUGGCGGGGCUCGACUCGCACCGCCCCGGCUCCUCCCGCCGGGGUCCUCGCCGGCCCCUGCUCCCGCCCCGCCCCGCCCGGCCGCCAGCGGGUGAUGGCGGCGGCCUGCGCCUGAGGGUCCGCGGCGGGGGGGCGGCAGGGGAGCCAUGGAAGAGGACCCGGAGCUGGAGAGGAAGGCUGUGGAGGAGUUACUUAAAGAGGCAAAACGUGGGAGAACCAGGGCUGAAACAAUGGGAGCUAUGGGUUGGUUGAAAUGUCCUCUCGCUGGUACAAAUAAAAGAUUUCUUAUUAAUACCAUCAAAAACACAUUACCAUCUCAAAAAGAACAAGACCAAGAACGUGAGCAAAAGGAAGACAAUAAGGAGUCUGAGCCAAACAAAAGCAGAAAAGAAGAAAAACCAAAGAAACGCAGAAUUCACCCAUAUACACCCAGCUUUCAGUCCAGAAGGAGAGUCAGCUACUCUCCUCCACGGCACCAAACCAGGAACCAGCACACAAAGGAUAAGCAUGAAAAGCGAUCAAGCAAGCGAUGAGGAGAAGACAGUGACAAAUACACACUGUUACAAGUCAGGAAUGUCAUUAAGUGUAGGACAGCAGGGAUGUCUCAGUUUUUCAGGAAGAGAUGCUGUUCAAACCUGAGUUUUGAACCAAGUUGCUUGUGUGAGAAGUAACCUUGAGGUAGCUUUAGAAAACUUUUCUUUGGGACCUUUAAGAGAAAAGCAAAGUGCAGCAUAAAUCCUUCAGUCGUUUAAGAGCAGACAUUCCUUUCCCUUUGUUCCAUUGCUCUGUCCCCUUCUGACUAAGCUUAGGGUCUUGGUGAUGGAGUGUGAUUCGUGUGUCUCUGUCUGGUACAAAUCAUUUAGUCAUGUCACUCUUUUGGAAAUAGAUUUAAAUUAAGCAGAAAUUUAUUCAUUGCGUGAAGUUUACAGAAUUUCUUUGCUGCUAACCAAUAAAAAAGUUUUGCUUAUUUGGGUUAGUUUAGUUUUACAGAAUCUUGAGGCAGGGAAAGCUGGUCAGUGCCUGGCCAAGCACAUGCAUUUUUUACAGAAUAUAAGAGAUUGCUUUCUUUAGUAUGAAAAGAACAAAUUUAAGAUGGGCAACACCAGCUUUGCUUUUCAGGAGGAACUACCAGGAAAAUUUGAUUUUACUUGUUAUUGUAUAUGCACAAAUCUAUCAUAGAUAACCAUAAACAUUACCCCUAAAAAGCUGUACGUGCAAUAAUUGUCUCUGUUUAGACUUCCCUCUAUAAGGAAGUAGUUUGAACAGUCUGUUGUCACGGUGCUUUCAAAACAAACCCUGAAGACAAAAUUUUCGCAUUCUCUGUCCACUGCUAGGAAGUUUCAAAGUAAAUGUGUAAUACUAGAAACGCAGAGGUGAUGCUCAAAACAGUCAAAUGCUCACUUUCCAAGCCUGUGUGACAAUUCUGUAGUGGUACAGUUCUUAAACUUGUGACUGGGAGCACAAAUAAUACACAUUGGCAUAUUCUACGUCUCACUUCUGUUUGUGUUACAGUAACAAACUUCUGUGUGAAAUAUUUUGUAUUUCACUGUUCUCAGAAAUAAUUGUUUUGAACAUAGGUUUAUGUUUUUAAGUGUGGUGACAAUAAAAUCGAAAAAAUGUUCGUUGCACGUGC